UAAAGAUCGAAAGGGACCGCGCGCCGCGCAGUCCCGCCGUCCGCCAUUUAUUUCUUUCUAGUGCUCGACACCGUCGUAGUGACAACGUAUUUCAUUAUCAAUAGCGAAAAGCUUAUUCGUUUUACUUGUGAAAUUUAUGUAUUAAAUUUUAUGCAAAUAUUGUAAAACUAGCGUGUAUACGGUUUGUGGUUAUCUACAAUGGAAUCUAAUGUGUCUUAUUUAGUGUCGUGAGGAGCUCGCAAACGAAAUAUGGCUGGCUCCAUCGCAUCUGUUGUCAACACAAAAUAACGUGGAUUAUGCAAGUUGGAUUAAAAUGUGAACGAGUAUUAGUAAAUAAGAUUAUGUGGGUUGUAAUAUAAUGCAUUGGCCGCACAAAAUAUUGGCGCUGGCAAUAAUUUGCGCAGCUGUGGAGGCGGAGAUAUGCCCUACCACGUGCUCUUGUGACAAUACCCGGCUCUCAUGUCUCAACACAACUGUCCAAGGAGGCAACCUCACGCGAGCCCUCAUUGCCAACUAUGGCUCCAAUCUUCAAGAGAUAACUUGGACCAAUUCAGACAUCAAUUACAUCAUUAUAGGAGCUUUUGAAGGAUUAUAUAAUUUAGAAUACAUCGAUUUAAGCAGAAACGAAAUCAAAAGAACUGAAAACAAACUCUUCAAUGAACUCACUCGGUUAAAACAUUUAAACAUAUCGAGGAACAAACUUAAUGAUAUACCCAGAUUAACAUUCAUCGAUCUAGAAAAUUUGGAAGUUUUAGAUGUGUCUCACAAUGAUCUCCAGGUGAUACCGUUCCAGGUGUUUGCACCGCUGAGUAGAUUGCAAUAUUUGGAUAUAUCAUAUAACAGAAUAGCCACAUUCUUAGAUUUCUAUUUUAAUCCUAAUAGACAACUGAAAUCAUUGUUCCUAAAUAAUAAUAGCCUAGUCAAAAUUACUUCUAAUGCUCUAGUCAACUUGAAUAAAUUAGAGACACUGGAUAUAUCGAGCAACAAACUAGAAUAUAUUCCUAAAAAUAUGUUUGAUUACUUUGAACAACUGAGGAAUCUUAAUCUUAGUUACAACCACUUUCAGAACAUAUCAAGUAAUUCUUUUAAAAACCUAAAAAAAUUAAGAUGGUUAGAUAUGGGAGGAAAUAGAUUGAGAUUGUUGCCACCGAUGCUCUUCCAUAAUAACGAAAAUUUGAAAACUCUCUACCUGGAUCACACUGAAAUAACAGUUAUACAAAACACAAAUUUCAAGGGCUUGAAUAAUUUACAGGAACUCUAUAUAAGAAAUAAUAGUCAUUUACGAGAAAUAGAACCAUUCGUUUUCCAAGAUACGUUAUCUAUCACACAUUUGGAUAUAAGUGCAAAUCUUUUAUCAUUUUUACCAUUGUCUAUGAAACAGCUCGAACAAUUGCAAGAAUUGAGAAUAUCUAACAAUCCUUGGGCCUGUGACUGUAGAAUGGCAUGGUUUGCUGGCUGGGUAGAUCAGAGACCUCAGAUCAUUAAAUCUGAUUUAGGCUGCGGCCCUCUAUCCUAUCCUAAUGAUAUGUUACCAAUUUUGAGACAAACCAAUUGCAAACCACCUGAAUUGAUACAUACGAGCCCAUUAACUCGAUAUAGAUUGCAAUCAGAUGCUUUAUUGGAAUGCAAAUUUAGUGGGAAUCCGCUGCCUUCAAUAACUUGGAUUACACCUACCAGUGCCGUAUACCAUUGGAACCCCGACUCGUCGAUACCAGACAUUUUCCACAAACAUGGAGUAGCUCACGACCAAUACUAUCGCGCUAUAGAUAAUGAGAAGUCUAGAGUCAGAAUUCUUGACGAUGGAUCACUGUUUAUCACAGAUAUUCAUAGGGAAGACUGUGGAACAUACUUAUGCUUUGCAACGAAUCCUUCAGCCAACGUGACGGCGGAGGUUAUCCUUAAUAUAGAUCCUAUGACAAUGUUCGAGAUCAAAAUAUAUAGUCUAAUAUGUGGAGCUCUAUGUGCUGCCGGCUUUUUAGGUCUCACUUUGUUGGUACAGUUUCUAAGAUAUAUAUUUUACAGAUUCCGUCUGAUGGAGACAUGUUGCAGUUGUUGCACCUGCGUCAGUAGAGACGCGCCACGUACGCGACAAAUUUACAGUAUGCUAGACAACAUAGAACAGUAUAAGAGACAGCAAUUGGAUAAAUUGAGAGAAAAUUACGCAGUUCAAGUUCAUCGUAUAAAAGACAACUGUACUCAACAAAUGGAGUGGAUACAAAAUAGCUACUCAUCGCAAGCUAGCCAUUUACGAAAUAUAAGAGACAUAGGAACAAAUCAUUUGACAGCUAUGAAGGAUCAGUAUUAUGACCAGGUAAAACGCGUCAGAGAAUACUCUACAUGUCAACUGAACUGGGUACGCGAAAACUAUGUGUUCCAAAGAAACAAAAUCAGAAAAUUCAGUGCUCACCAGAUAUUACGGCUUCGCGAAUCAUACAAGUACCAGCAGCAAACUUUGAACAAAGUUUUAGAGAACCUACCAAGUCUAUACUUUGAAAACUGCCGCAGCGGUUCUUGUGGGCGCAGCGACUCGAUGGCGUUCGAUCCGGACGUCGAGGUCAUAGACAUGUACCUCAAGACGAAGAUAGAGAAACUAGCGCAUCUGCCGAACCCGAUAGCGGACGAUGAGAGCAAGAUGUCCGUGUAUUAUACGCCCACGGAGAGGUCGGUAAACUCACGCAGAAAUUCGCCCAUUCCCAUUCCCGAUGGCAUUCACAUCAAUAUGAUAGAACGUGGCCCACCGCGAUUGCUGGCGAUGAUAAAGCCACUGCAGUGCGAACCACCACCGUCUGUCGAAAUACCGACACCGCCGGGUUCUCCAUCGCCAACAACAUCUAGAUGUGGAAUGCCUGUGCGGCAGCCGAAGUACAGUCACGGGGAAUCGGGUCAUCGGGAGCCUUUGCUGGGACGCGAUCAUGUGGUGAUAGAGAGAACGCGACGUAAAUGUCACCUGCCUUCGAGCGCAAGUUCGCCGGAGCUCAAUUCUAACAAGGACGGGAACGAACGUAGUGACCUACACGAGCAGGCUCGGGUCCUGCUCGCAGUGGAGCUGACGAAGCCGGAAUGCCAGGUGCGGCAUGCAGCUGGUCAACUAGUGUGCGGCGAGUGCGCAAAGCUUUGCGAGAACACGCCCUUGUAGUACAGGCUACUGACGCGCGUCUUUAAAAUUUACGCGUUAUCGGGUCAGAGACUUACGCGGCACCGUCACCCCGACAUGCGCCUCUGUGACUAUGCCGGUGGGCCUUCGCCCUCUUACGUGUAGGAACAUAUCUUGCCGAGCUGAUGGAGUUAGUGAGAAACGUUUCGCCGUACGGACGCUCGCCGCCGAUGCGGAUACCGCUUGUACUUCUAAGUGAGCUGUGAUAGACUAGAUUUGAAUUUACAUACGUUUCGACGGUCGCUUGCCCGAUCGUCUAGUGGUAGGUUGUAAGGAGUAUACUGAAUUUGAUCUGUUAUCGAUCGUGUAGUGAAUCUGAUCCUGUUUAAUUAAGUGUUCUGUGGGUAAUAGGUCAUGUAAAUAUGUUUUUAUUUCGAUCAUUUUCCAUUUUGAUGUAUACUUAGGGUAAACUCUUAGAGCAUUAUGCAUUUUAUAUUUGUUCAACUUAAAAGUAGAAUAAAGUGAGGUAUUAUGAAGUUGUUACUAUCUUGUUGUAUUGUUGCGCGGUUAUUGUAAAUUGGUGUAUCUCGCUAAGCCGCCACUCAGUCACCACCACCCACAACACAUUAAGUCCUUCGUCAUCUGUUAUAUUAUGUCAAAAUCUGACCAGUCGAAACUACAUCAAUUUAUAUUUAUGUAUACUUAUAUAUUUUGUAAUUACGUACAGUUUGAACGAAACGAGUCUUGCAGUGAUAUGCCAAAUACUACAAUCCAGCAAUGAUAAUUAUAGCGUUUCUUAGUAUAAUAUAUACAAAUAUUGUUGAAGAUUUUCUAAAUAUAUAACAAGAGUAAUCAGCUAAUCAUGAAGAAUAAAUUAUUUUUCAAUGUAU